AGCAAUCACAAAUCAGUUGUUAUUCUUCGUCGCUACAGCUAAGAUGAAAGCAAUUACUUCAAUAGUUUUGGGCUCAGUCCUUGUGUUGUCCUUGUUGAAAAAUGUAACCUAUGCAAUAGAACUUAAUCUCAACUUACCGGCAAUGCCCAAUUACCCAUCAAAUGGCACACUACAGUGUAGUCGAGGAUUUCACAUCGUGGUUAGAAAGGGUACUUUAUUUCAUAAUGGUAACAGGAACGAAAAAGCAUGGUAUUGGCCAAAGAUGGCGUGUGAUUUGGAACAAACAUGCGACUUUGAACUUGUACGAGACCAAUAUAAUUAUCUGAAUUUAGCCCGGACAGAAGCCAUUCAACUUACCAUUAAAUACGAUUGUAAACAAGAUGACUUUCAAGGAACUUUAAGAAGGAUUAUACAUUAUAGAAAAAACCAAAACUGUCCGAAUGACUCUUUUCUUCAGAAACACGUUGCUUAUUUUAACGAUAAUAAUAUCGCCUCUGAUACGCAAGCGGCAAAAAUGGACAGGGAAGUGAUUGCCAUGAGCGUCUGUGCUCAAGUCAGACGUUUUAGGGAACGCAACCCAGGAACGCCAAUCGACCCAUAUCUUGGCACAGUGUUUUUAAUACAUCAAAAAAGUAGGUUUAACCAAGAUUUCAAGCCAGAUCCACGUGAAAACAGUAAAUGUCAACUUACGAACGAGGCUCUUCGCCGUUCAUUUAAGUAUGACUGUCGGCGAGACGCCAAUAAAUGGACAUGUAAUAUGAGUAGCAAGGGAAGGGACGUGGCUAAGCAUGACAAAAAUAAUAGCCAUUUAGGCUAGGAAGCAAGGUUCGAACCAAAACCGUAACCGUAACCGUAACCGAAUUUCCCCCAGACUCCUUGAUUGAAAAGCGAACACAUCACGAAACACAACACAGUGUACUGCAGUUUUGAGAAAAUUUUAUAAAAAAAAUAAUUCAAUAUAACAUGUAUACAAAGAAAAUAACAAUUUUUAGCU